AUGGAUACGAUCGAAAGGACCCCUUUUCAAAAACAAAGGGAAAUUUUAAUUAAUGACAUAGCGCUGGGAAUAGAACAAGUUAUAAACAACAUGGCAGUUCUCAAUAAAAACCUUGAAAGUGUGGUAGCAAUUGGAAGAGAAUUUGAAAAUGUUGCGAGUUUAUGGAAAAACUUUAAUAACGCCAUCAUAACCAGUGCUUCUGAUAACGAUUUAAAAGAAGACAAUAAUAAUACGGGUUCUGGUAGGAACUAUCUUUUUUGA